AUGGAUAUCAAGGAAGAGUGGGUCAUUUUGGAAGAAAUUAAAGAAGCACUACAAAACAGUGAUCAGUCCCGAGCUGCUGAAAACAUUCAGAAGUAUUUGAACAAAGUGGAGAAUAUUCCACUGAACAUUGCUAUCACAGGAGAGACUGGUUCUGGUAAAUCCACCUUUGUGAAUGCCUUCAGAGGCAUAGACAAAGAGGAUGAUGGAGCUGCCCCUACUGGUGUUGUAGAGACCACCAUGGAGGUUACACCUUACCCCCAUCCAAACUAUCCCAAUGUUACAUUAUGGGAUCUUCCUGGUAUUGGCACGGACAGUUUUCCUGCUGAACAGUAUCUGGAGCAUGUUGGAUUUGAGAAGUUUGACUUCUUCAUCAUCAUCUGUGACACUCGCUUCAGAGAAAAUGAUGUGAAGCUCGCUCAGGAGAUUCAGAAGAUGGGGAAAAAAUUCUACUUUGUUCGCUCAAAGAUUGACAACGAUGUAUACAAUGAGAAGAGAAGUCAGAGAGAGUUCAAUGAGGAAACAACUCUGGCACAAAUCAGGGAGGACUGCAUUAAAGGUCUUCAAAAACUAGGAGUUAAGGCUCCACAGGUCUUCCUGGUGUCCAGCUUUGAUCUCCACCUGUAUGAUUUCCGUCUGCUAGAGGAGACCUUAGAGAGAGAACUUCCUGAACACAAGAGGAAUGCUCUGCUGUUUUCCAUGCCCAAUGUCAGCCUGGAGAUCAUCAACAAGAAGAAAAAAGCUUUAAAGUCAAAGAUAAAAUACUAUGCCACACUAUCUGCAGCUGUAGCAGCUGUACCAAUUCCUGGGAUUUCUUUAGUUGUUGACAUAGGAGUGAUAGUUGGUGUUUCUACAAAAUAUGUAUUUGCAUUUGGUCUUGAUGUCCCAUCACUGAAGAAACGUUCUCAAACCACAGGUGUGCCAUAUGAGGAUCUGAUGGAUGUUAUCUUGUCACCACUGGCUGCAAAAAAAAUAACCACUGAUCUCAUCAUAAAGGUGGUACAGAGUGUAGGCACCACAGUUGCAUCAAUGGCAACAGAGGAAGGGUGCAGAUUCAUUCCAAUAUUGGGAAUCCGACUAGCAAUGGCCUUCUCUUUUACCUCCACUUACAACAUUCUGAGUACUUUCCUCGACAUACUCGCUGAUGAUGCACAGAGAGUGUUUAAGAAGACCCUGGGUCUGAACACCUCAGUGUGA